AUUUGGUGUGAUGGUGUUUCUUCUUUUCCAGACAUGUGAGUGCAGAGGAAUGCUGUGAUUCUUCAUUUCCACGUCCACAGUGUCACCGUGCCCUUAACAGAUUGACCACAGCUCGUGCCUCUCUGGCUCCCUCUCUCUCACGCGCUAUUCCCCCUCCUUCAUCCCAAAGCUGUCAUCCUGAGCAGCGACCAGACCGACGGCUCAAUCCCUAAACGCCCGGAUGAGAGCGGCAGCGGCAGGCGACAUUCACGGCAACAUGGUCGCAUGAGUCGGCCCACUCGAGGGCAACCAAUUCCGGGGGGAACGACGACAGACACUGCUGGAAUCUGGGAGAUUUUUCGACGCAACCCACGGCGAGCGGUUCUGGGAAAACACAGACCGAGACAGAUAGAGGCGUGGAGGCGACACGGAACGGCUCAUUCCCCUGUUGUGGUGUCCUAUUUCGUUGGUGAAGGAACGUGCGGACGGACUGUCUCACACUAAACUAUGGAAUGCUCCCUGCACUCGCCAUCACUAGUCUCCAAUCUUUGGACUGAACUUCAAACUCUUAGUUAGCAGCUGUGCUUCUCCCCUCGAACUCUUUACAACCAGGGGACGAAGAAGAAAAGGAGCGGGCUGUAACCAAGUCCAUCGCAAAAAAACAAAACACGCACAGAGCACUUCUUUUUGUAGAAUAUUUAAGCUAGUUUUUUAUUAGUCUUGGAUUUUUUUUUUGUUUGGUUUGUGGUGAAAUCUCAUCAAGAUGGAUCUGGAGUCUUAUCUGUGGAUGGUGGUCAUCGGCUUCAUCAUUGCCUUCGUGCUGGCCUUUUCAGUCGGAGCCAACGAUGUGGCUAAUUCGUUCGGGACGGCGGUGGGUUCAGGCGUGGUCACGUUAAAGCAGGCCUGCAUCCUGGCGUCCAUCUUUGAGACGCUGGGCUCGAUGCUGCUCGGGGCCAAAGUGGGCGAGACCAUACGGAAAGGCAUCAUCGACGUGAGCCUGUACAACGACACAGUGCCGGUGCUGAUGGCGGGAGAGGUCAGCGCCAUGGUCGGCUCAGCGGUCUGGCAGCUUAUUGCCUCCUUCCUCAAACUGCCCAUUUCGGGGACUCACUGCAUCGUUGGCGCCACCAUCGGCUUCUCCAUGGUGGCGAUCGGUACCAAGGGCGUCCAGUGGAUGCAGCUGGUUAAGAUCGUGUCAUCCUGGUUCAUCUCCCCUCUGCUUUCUGGGCUUAUGUCUGGACUCCUCUUCCUGCUCAUCAGACACUUCAUCCUCAACAAGGACGACUCUGUCCCCAACGGCCUUCGAGCGCUGCCCCUCUUCUACGCCUCCACCAUUGGGAUCAACACAUUCUCCAUCAUGUACACUGGAGCCCCACUGCUUGGAUUAGAGAUGCUACCAGUAUGGGCCAUCUUCCUCAUCACUUUAGCUGGGUCACUGGUGUGUGCAGCACUGGUCUGGAUUUUUGUGUGUCCCUGGAUGAGGAGGAAAAUAGCAAGUCGUUUAAAGAAAGAACAGGCUCUGUCCAGGAUCUCUGAUGAGAGCCUGGACAAGAUCCCUGAGGAGGAGGAGGAGAGCCCGGUGUUCAAGGAGCUGCCGGGGGCUAAAGGCACUGACGAGGCCGUGCUGCCACUGACUGGGGGCAGCAGCGAACGGGGCACCCGCGACUCCAGUGGAGAGCUCACCAACCUGGCUAAUGGAGGCACCGUCCUGCCCAAUGGACGCGUCUAUGGUCGAACCCAUUCAAUGACCAACGGCUGCCUGAAGUCCCCCGUAUCCAACGGCAGCUUCAGCUUCGAUGGCCAUAUGCGCAGCGAUGGCCAGGUGUACCACACAGUGCACAAAGACUCAGGCCUGUAUAAAGACCUGCUUCACAAAAUCCACCUGGGCCGUAUGGAUGACAGCGAGCGCACAGCCUCCAACACCGGCCCGCCCGACAACAACUACCGUGUCCUGCGCCGCAACAACAGCUACACCUGCUACACAGCAGCGAUAUGCGGCAUGCCCGUCCAGCCUCUUAUGCGCACAGAGUCACGUGAGGACAGCGAGAAGCUGGUAGGAGAAGGAGGUGGCAGGAGCAACAGCGUGUCCUACUCUAAGAAGCGGGUACGUUACGAUAGCUACUCAUCGUACUGUAACGCCGUGGCAGAGGCGGAGAUCGAGGCAGAGGAAGGCGGGGUGGAAAUGAAGCUGGCUACAGAGCUGGAGGGGGUAGAAGAAGAAGGAGGGUCAGCGCCAAUGCCUCUGGAUGACCUGGCUGAGGAGGAUACUGAGGAGAAGGAUAAGCCUGAGGUGUUCCUGCUCUUCCACUUUCUGCAGAUCCUCACUGCCUGCUUUGGCUCUUUUGCCCACGGAGGCAAUGAUGUCAGUAAUGCCAUUGGGCCACUGGUGGCGCUGUGGAUGAUCUACGACCAGGGCGGUGUGAUGCAGGAUGCUGCCACUCCCAUCUGGCUGCUGUUUUAUGGUGGCCUGGGCAUCUGCGCUGGCCUGUGGGUGUGGGGCCGCCGUGUUAUCCAGACCAUGGGGAAGGACCUGACUCCCAUCACCCCCUCCAGCGGAUUUUGCAUUGAAGUAAUGAGUGCGCUAACUGUGCUUGUUGCAUCAAAUGUGGGCAUCCCAAUAAGCUCCACCCACUGCAAGGUGGGCUCCGUCGUGGCUGUGGGUUGGAUCCGUUCGAAGAAGGCGGUGGACUGGCGCCUGUUCCGGAACAUCUUCCUGGCCUGGUUCGUGACGGUGCCGGUGGCCGGGCUGUUCAGUGCCGCCGUCAUGGCCCUGUUCGUCUACGGCAUCCUGCCCUUUGUCUGAGGGGGGAAGGGGCUACGAGACCGGGAGAAGAAGAAGAAGAAGAAGAAGAGAGGGAAACUUGAGUUUAAAAAAAAAAAAAAAUCAUAGCUCAAGUGUCAAGUGUGGAGAUGAAGACAAAGGAAUGAAGAGAGGGAAAGGGUGAAGGUGGGUGACGGGGGAGGAGGGGGCUGCAGAUGGACUUGGUUGUACUGUGGAUGUUGGACGGUUGGUUCACAUGCUGCCUGGCUCCGUAGUCCACAGAUCUAUUGACUCAUUUGAGUUUGAUUGGUUUUAUUUAUUCUCUUUGGGUAAAAUAGGUUUAACUGACACACCAUUCAAUCUGCUGUACAUUUAAAAAAAAAAAAAAGAAAAAAAAUAGGGAGAUUUUGGACAAGUGCUGGAGAAACCAUGUGUUUCUUCAUUAGAAAAUCUUAAAAAAUACCAGCGGUGCACAACUAAAAAUGACAAACAUGCCUGCAGUGUAUCCGUACAGGUAGAGUCAAUCAAGUGCUUAUUCUUCUUCUUUUUCCAAAAAAACCAACCUGUAUAUAUCGUUCUAUCUGACUGUGAUUUGUUGUAUUGCGGCUUGCUUUAAAGUUACAAAAAAAAAGAACAGAUGUGGUCAACCAACCCGUCCAUCAUGUCACCUUUAACAUGCUAAGCCAGGUACAACUGGGGCCAACAGGGAAGGACGCCUCAGAGAGAGAGAGAGGGCUCAUGGGACUGUCACUCUGUCGCUUUGAUUUUCCACAUGAUACCAUAGAAACCUGAUUUGCUAAAGAAUUGAUUUUUUUUUUUUUUUUUUUUGUUAAGAGCUCCUGUAUGUUUUUAGAAAUGGAUCUCAUAUUUUUUAAUGAUGUAUUAUACUGUAAUUUGUACUGUAAAUAACUGUCCUUAAAGCGUUUUUUGGGGGGCGGGGCCAGGGGGAUCAUGGUUUUAACGUCAGUCAGGCCUCAUCAUGAUGUCAUUGACACCGUAUGUUUUAUGGCACACUGACAGGCUGCAGAAAUACAUUCAUCUAAAACAGUAUUUACAUUGGAAGCAGUGAAGCUGGUAAAGACAGAGCGAACAGUUAAAAAAAAAAAAUAUCCUGUAGAAGAACAAUGGAAGCACUUUAGUUUGUGUCAUGGAGUAUUAGAGCUACACUGACGGGAAAAAGACAGUAGUAAGAAAAUAUAGUGUCAGUACUUCACAAAAAUAAGAACUUUGGCAGUAAAAUGCAGUGUUUUAUGGAAAAAAGUCAUUAAGAGAGUUAAACUGCAGUGUUAAAAAAAAACACAAUAUUGCAAGACUAAAAUCAUAUUUCACAAAAGCUAUUUUUUAUUUGUUAGAAACUGUAGCAUCAAAAAUGUAAUAUAUUAAGCCUUUUGUUGGUCAUUGAAAAAAUCUGUGCCCCAUAAAAUUACAGCUAUUUUAUAGUAAAAUUUCAGCUUUUUUGUCAUUACAAGUUUUAUCACCUAAGAUUACUUUUUAAUAUGACAUAACGUGACUACUUAUUCUCAUAAUAUCACUUUUUGGUCAAAACAUAAUUAGGAAUUAAAAUUAAAAAAAAAAAAAAUCAGAAUAUUUGGACUUUUCUAUUGAACUCAGUUGACUAUUGAAAUAUUACGCCUUUGUUUUUGAAUUCCUUGAAAUAUGACACCAUACUGGUUUCCUGUUUGAACAACAAUUUCAGUUCCAUCAUUAUGACAAUAAAUAUUAAGUAAAAGUUGGAAUUAUACAAUAAUUUUUUAAUAAGAUUUCCUAUAAGAAUCAGAUGCAGUCGUUGGAGGUCUGUUAUAUUUGAUAAAUUGGAAUUUAUUGACUGAACAGGAUCACUGUAUUAUUACAUUAUUUGAUUAUAUACAGUCUAUUAAUUCCUACAAUUUACAAUAUCAUAGAUAAAAUAAUAGCUUUAUUUGCUAUACUAUUGUGACUUUUUCCUUGAAUCAUUACACAUUUAUUUUCACAGUAUGAUGUGAAAAUAUCCAAUUCUGUUUUGUUCCUUCUCAUUGUGUCUCUAAUGCUCCUGUAAUCAAAUGUUUCGGUGUAUUUGGGAUGAUAAAAUCCAUUCAAAGGUGCAGGACCAUGCCAAAAUAAGCUGUAUUCUGUCUGCCAUGUCUACAUGCCAAUUUAAUUGUAGACUAAAUAAGUGGUAGGUGCAGCUGAAGCCAAAACCCAGGAUGGAUGGACGGACGGACAGAUCAAACAGUGACAUAUCUUCAUCAGUUUGCCUUUAUUUUCUGUGUUCAGCUGAGUCAUUGCCAACAGCGUCCCUUUCCAAUCGUCUCAUAUCGAUCACCUGUUUGCCUGUCAGUCUUAGCCCAGGGUUUAGUACAUUAUAAUUCGUGCUGAGUAGCCCUUAACCUCCGUCUCCUGAACCUCAUGUGACAUCUGAGACCAUGUCACAUCAAGACUGGGGUUAAUUCUGUGUCAUAUCAAGCGUUACAAAAACAAACCACAUAUACCUGUAUUUACCUGUAUUGUAUUUCAGACAGUUUAUGCAGAGGUGGAAAUAAUCCGGGAGGGGGGGUGGGGGGAUUGGACUGCCUCCAGCCACAUGUGUAGCUCCUCAGAAUGAGCUUGUUUUUUUUUUUUUUUUUGGUUUUUUUUUCUUUUGAGAUGUAGAAGCAUUGGGUGUUUCGGUCUAAAGUGCUAAAGGUUAAUAUCGAUAUCGUAGUCCAACCUCAUGUAUCUGGAAAAUCCCACAAACCUCCAGGACCUUUUGUGUUUGAAGUGGAAGACGGUUUCAGGGUGGGUGUUUUGGGGUGGGGGGGGUUAGAACUGAUCAUCACCAGCUUUUUAACAAGGUCCCCUGACCUAUAGAUGAACAAAGUCUAAAGCUUUUUUUAUUUGAACAAACUCAAUGCCAGGUGUUGCAAGUUUUUUUUUGUUUGUUUCUCUUUUUUUUUUUUUUUGUUCUUGUGGUGUGUUUCCUGAUUAUGUUUUUUUUUUUUUUUUUCUCAUGCAAAUUAUGCUUCAGUAGCCACUUGCCUUGUAACAUUGUGUUUUAUUUUGUGCAGAUACAGUAAAUUAAUUCAGUACUGUGGUGUUUACAUUGUAACCAUAUUGUAGAGUAUCUGAAAAAAAAAAAAACUGUUGCCUAAUGAUGC